GCCCCGCGGCGUCCCGGCUGGCCCGGGCGGCGGGCGGCCGCGGUAUGUCAUGCAGGUGGCGGCCAAGGACGGGCAGCUGCUGUCCUCCGUGGUGCGGACCCUCGCCACGCAGAGGUAGGGAACGUGGGGAGAGAGCGGCGGGGUGCGGGCGGGGAGCGGGGUCGCGGCUGCGCGGCGCGGAGCUGGAAAGCUGCCCUGGGCUUCGGCGGGACGCGACCCGUCGCGCUGCUGUGGAGUCGCUCGCUGCUGCUGCUGCGUGGGUGACCCGGAGGCCCGAAAGGGCUGUUCCCCCUUUACUUGCAGUAACUUUUUCAAACCCGGUGGUUCUGCACAUCCCGUGGGGAGCGGGCGGGCGCAGAGCUGCGCGCUCCGCCCCGCUUCGGUGCACCCCGCUGUCCUCUUCGCCCCCGCCAGGCACCGCCGGCAGCUGCGGCAGUGGGAGCUCGAGCGUCGGGAAGCCGCCGUGCUCCCACAAGAGAGAUUCUUCCGUAAUACAGUUGGUUAAGUUCGGAGUCUAUAGGUCUUCUCUAGAAGGAGGAGCACUCUUUGCACAUGGAAUCAAAGAACCACAGAAUGGCUUCAGCUGAAAGAGGCCUUUAAGCCCAUCCGAUCGGCAGGACCGCCACCUACCAGACGAAGCUGCCAAGGGUCCCGCUCAGCCUGGCCGAGUGCCUCCAGGGAUGCUGAGAGAGAAUGUAGGAGAAAUGGCCGCGGGAGGAAAGUGUUGUGGGCACUGCCUUCCCAGGCUGCUCUUACCUACUCUUGGGCAGCAGGUGGGGGAUUGUCCCGAGAAACGGUGCGUGACUGUGCUCUCACUGCAGGUGAAGCUGCUCCCUCAUCCCUCAUGACUCUCUCACCUGCCAGCGCGGUGUGUUUGUUUUUCUCCCCUUUUUCGCUCCCACAGAAAAGACACUGUAACAGUCCCUUCAAUGACCGCCCGAUGUGCAGGAUCUGCCACGAGGGCAGCAGUCAGGAAGACCUGCUUUCUCCUUGCGAGUGUAUGGGGACGCUGGGGACCAUCCACCGCAGCUGCCUGGAGCACUGGCUGUCCUCGUCCAACACUAGCUACUGCGAGCUCUGCCACUUCAGGUUUGCAGUGGAGCGCAAACCCAGGCCGCUGGUAGAGUGGCUGAGGAACCCAGGUCCCCAGCAUGAGAAGCGGACUCUCUUCGGGGACAUGGUGUGUUUCCUGUUCAUCACUCCACUGGCAACUGUCUCUGGCUGGCUGUGCCUGCGGGGAGCUGUGGACCACCUGCACUUCAGCAGUAGGCUGGAAGCUGUCGGCCUCAUUGCACUCACUAUUGCACUCUUCACCAUUUACCUCUUUUGGACCCUAGUAUCAUUUAGAUAUCACUGUAGGUUAUACAACGAAUGGCGUCGGACCAACCAGCGGGUGAUACUCCUCAUCCCCAAGUCUACCAACAUCCCCUCCAACCAGCAGUCCUUGCUGGGCCUGCCAUCAGUCAAAAGGAACUCAAAGGAGACAAUCGUUUGAUUUGGGUCGUUCUGCUCCGGGGCUAUGCACUAAGAACAUUUGCCUUGAACUCCCUGUGCUCAAACACCAUGCAGAACCCAGCAGCGUGCUAUCCUGAUACACAAACUCUUCACAGUGGAGGAAACUGCUAUGUGAACUCAAAUGGUGGACACUGCAGUCAUACAAUAUUUGCUAAGCUGCCAAGUGCACUUAUUUAGCAGAUACUGUGUGGAAGCUCACGUUAAUACUUGCAUCAUCAAGUGAUGCAAACUUUUCUAUUAUUGUUUAAAAUAAACUGUGAAAAUUAACAAUGCAAAA